UCUCCCACCAAAACCUAAAACCCUUUCUCUUCCCUCUCGCUCCAUCGAAGGAAGCCUUUUUCUCCGAUCAAAAUGCUCUUUUGAAUCCCCUCGAUCUCCAUCGAUGGCUGCUGCUGCUAAACGCCUCGUAAUCUCUUCGAAAAUCGCCACAAAAUCAGGGUUUGUUGAGGUGUCUAAUGUAACGCAUGGAUCGAAGUUCCGAUGCUUUGGGACCGCCUCGGCUGCUUCUGGUGUUCUCAAAGAAGAGAAGGAAUCAAAGAAAAUUUCGAAGCUUGAGAGGCGCGCGAUGUUGGAGGCUUUUGUAGAUCAAUACAGGGCAUCAAAUGCUGGAAGAUUCCCUACUGUAUCCUUGGCUCAAAAGCAGAUCGGAGGGUCUUAUUACCAUGUGAGACAAAUGAUUCAAGAACUGGAAUUCAACUAUAGGAUGUCACUUGCAGGCAAGAAUAAGGCUCAAGUGGGAAAGACAGAACAAGGUAGCAAUCCUGCUUUGCUUUGGAAGGAAGUUCCUGGUACAUCAGAAAUAGAAGAGGUCUCAAAACCUGCAGUUUCAGCAAGCUGUGUAUCAUCUAAAGAUAUUGAUACAGGAUCCGAUAUUAGAGCAGAGAAUAACACUAUUGUUGAUUUGAUAAUUGAUGAUGUGCUUCUCGACACAAAAGAGCCUUCAGUGUCUUCUGCUGUUGAAACUGCCUCAGUUAAAAAAGUUGUCAAGCAGGCGCAUAGCCCAUCACGAAAGAAAAUUGUGGAAUGUACUAAGAAUUCUUCUAUAAAUGGAGUAUCAUCUUUUGGUACUCAGAUGAGAACAGAUGAAUCCAGUAUUAAUCGUGUGUUCGGAUUGACUAGUGAGAGCAUGCGACAUAGUGAUCAAGGUAGCAAUCCAGCUUUGCUUUUGAAGGAAGGACCUGGUCCAUCAGAAAUAGAAGAGAUCUCAAAACCUGUUGCUUCAGCAAGCUGUGUAUCAUAUGAAGAUUUUGAUACAUUAUCUAAGAUUGGAUCAAAGGAUGGUGCUACUGUUGAUUUGGUAAUUGAUGAUGAGUUUCUGGACAGAAAAGAGCCUUCUGUGUCUUCCACUGUUGAAACUGCCUCAGUUAAAAAAGCUGCCAAGCAUGCGCGUAGCUCAUCAAGAAAGAAAAUUGUGGAAUGCACAAAGAAUUCUUCUAUAAAUGGAGUAUCAUCUUCGGGCACUCAGAUGAGAACAGAUGAAUCCAGGAUUGAUAGCGUGGCAGAAUUGGCUAGUGAGAGCUUGCAACAUAGUGAUCAUGAUUCUAAAAGAGAUGAGGCUAAUUCAUCGGAGUCUUCAAGGUCGGAGGCAACAGUACAUAUUUUGAAUUCACCUCAUCUAGACUCAGAAGAGAAUAACAAGGAGCUGAAGUCAACUGAACAUUUAUGUGACAGAAAUGAGCCCAAGCGAAUUGAUCAAAUAGGCAGUCUUGAAGCCCCUGAACCAGAGGAACUUAUUGGUGACACACCGAAGAAGGUUGAGAUUAGAGAAUCUUCACCAGGAAGAUCAGAUAUAUGGGGAAAUCUCAAAGCACUUGCCAAUAGCUUUGUCAAUUUUUGGUGGAAGUAGUUAUUACUCAACAUGCCACUUAAUAGUCAUUCUCCAGGCUUGUCAUAAGCGGUGGAUGAGCGAGCUUCAAGAUUUGAUGGUGAAAGGGCAGAAAGGAAGAAGUGCAGGCUUCAAGAAGCACAAUGUGCAUAGAAUAUCAAGGAGUUGGAUUACUGCUGAAUGAAAAUGAGUUGCAGCAGAUAAAGAAUACAAAACCUUAUGCAAGUCAUUUAUGAAAAAAAGAGACUAAUAUGUAUGAGCACUAGCAAGAUGCAAACCUGUACACAUGACUUUCAACAUGGAUAAAUUAUUCAAAAUCUAGAUUUUCUGCUUUCUGCUACUUUUGCUUGGUAACAACUUGUGUUGUCACCAAAUGCUGUUCUUUGUUCUUUGUGUGCAUCUGAACAAAUUGUUUACAGAGAAUCAGGGAAUGAAUGGUCUUCAGAGUGAAUGAAGAAGACCAUUACUUUGAUAUUAA